AAGCUCAGCCAAUCACGUGGCGAUAUGCUACAACCCUCUCGGGGUCACCUCGCAACAACGAUUUCCUUGUGUUGUGUUUUCACGAAGAAAACACAGCGGCUGUUAUAUCCGAGAGGAAACAACAGGGACAGAAUUAUCCGCAAGUCUUUUAUAAUUUACUUUUGUGUGUUUAUGUGCCUGUUCGCAUCUUGUUUUAGUGGGUACCAGUUCGUGACAGGCGAACGAACUAACGUUAGCUAGGUGCUGGCUUGCUAGUCAGUUAGCCACAAAGUGUCGAGUCUGAUCCAGCGGACUGAACUGAAUUGAACUAAACAUCACAUAACACGACUGUACAAGACACAUCUGAUCCGACUCAGAAGAACAAAGAUGCCGAUCAAACACCUGUCAUGUUAAUUUGAGCGCUUUGUCGGUUCGGAGCCGUUGUUGUUAUCACGCGGCUAAGGUUAACUUAGCUGACUUGUUGUUGUGCGCAUUUAAUAACCACUAACGUUAGUUUGAUCUGAUUGGACUGUGUUGGUGAAAUGGGUUCAAUUCUCAGUCGAAGAAUCGCUGGUGUUGAGGACAUCGACAUCCAGGCCAAUUCUGCAUACAGAUAUCCUCCGAAAUCAGGAAACUAUUUUGCCAGCCAUUUUUUCAUGGGAGGAGAGAAGUUUGACACCCCUCAUCCAGAGGGUUACCUUUUUGGAGAAAACAUGGAUCUCAACUUCCUUGGUAACCGCCCAGUGCAGUUUCCCUAUGUUACUCCAGCGCCCCAUGAGCCGGUCAAGACAUUGAGAAGUCUUGUCAAUAUCAGAAAAGACUCGUUACGAUUGGUCAGGUAUAAAGAUGAUGCUGAUAGUCCUACUGAUGAUGAAGGCACAAAACCAAGGGCCUUGUAUGGAGUGGAGUUCACCUUUGACUCUGAUGCAAGAGUGGCCAUCACUAUCUACUGUCAGGCUUUUGAGGAGUUCUCCAAUGGGAUGGCAAUAUACAACCCCAAAACCCCUGCACUGGUCUCGGAAACUGUAUAUUACAAAAGAGGGGUAAGCCAGCAGUUUACCCUUCCAUCCUUCAAGAUCGAUUUCUCUGAAUGGAAGGAAGAAGAUCUCAACUUUGAUUUAGACAGAGGUGUUUUUCCCAUGGUGAUUCAGGCUGUGGUUGAUGAAGGAGAUGAUUGUUUUGGACAUGCCCAUGUACUGCUGGCAGCAUUUGAAAGACAUGUUGAUGGCAGUUUCUCAGUCAAACCUUUGAAACAGAAACAAAUAGUGGACCGUGUCAGCUACUUGUUACAGGAGAUUUAUGGAAUUGAGAACAAGAACAAUCAUGAGACAAAGCCGUCUGAUGAUGAGAACAGUGACAACAGCAACGAGUGUGUGGUGUGUCUGUCAGAUCUGCGGGACACCCUGAUUUUGCCCUGUAGGCACUUGUGCCUGUGUAACUCCUGCGCUGAUACUCUGCGCUACCAGGCCAACAACUGCCCGAUCUGCCGACUGCCGUUUCGAGCUCUUCUUCAGAUUCGAGCUGUAAGAAAGAAGCCUGGAGCGCUUUCUCCUGUUUCCUUCAGCCCCGUGCUGGCUCAGAGCAUGGAUCAUGAUGAGCACUCGAGCUCAGACUCUGUUCCCCCUGGGUUUGAGCCCAUCUCACUGCUGGAGGCUUUGAACGGUCUUGGUGCCGUGUCCCCCGGCCUUCCGUCUGCUCCUCUCUAUGAUGAGAUCAACUUCUCUGGGAGCCUGAGUGGAGAGAGCAGGCAGCUCAGCUCACCUGACCACUCUGGAGACAGCGGCGGACAGAAGAGCAAAGUCAGCAAGUCACCGGACAGCACUCUACGCUCUCCAUCGUCACCCAUUCAGGAGGAGGAUGAAGAAAAACUGUCAGAGAUGUCGGAUGCACAAGCUCACAUGCUGCUGUCCAGCAGUCCUGCCCCCACUGAGGGUACAGCAGGAGAGGACGCCCCCGAUUCACUGUCUCCUGAAGAUGAGGAUCGAUUAAAUUUGGAGGAAGAGGCGAUGAAUGACUGCGGCAGUGAGCACAGCAGCUUUACCAAAACUGAAAGUGACCUGCCUGGAGACCUGUCCCUCCACGCUCUAGGUCCUGAUUCCUGCUCUAUUGGUUUGGAAGAGUAAUGGGGUUAUCUGGCUCAAUGGAGAGUCUGAACACUCAGAGUACCUGGUGCUCCAGCCAGCCGCUCCUGGGUCCCUCAAGCCAUUUGCACAUGGACGAUGAUGAACUGGAUGUUUAACCCUGCCCAUCUCCUUCUUUGUACAGCCCAAUAUGUCUCCACAUUGCAGUUCGAUGCACUCUCAUUCCAGUAUCCCACUUUGAAUAUGAAUGACUCUUGUUCCAGGCCUUUUGUUUUUGAACAUAAACUGGCUAAGGCUGAUGAGCUUGUUCUGGUGGUCUGUUAUAUUUCUUGUGCUUGGUUUUAGGGCUCUAUUUGAUCAAGUUGCUUCACCCAAAAUCACAUUUACAUUAUUCAAACUCCGCAUUAUUAUCUUUCUUCCAUGAAUCACUAAAGUUUAUUAUAAAGUACUUGUUAGACUCCAAAAACCAGUAAAUUUAAAUGAUUAGUCUUUACUACAUA